AUCUUUUUAGUUUUUUUUUUAUCACUUCUGAAUUUUUUUAACAAUAUUUUUACUUUUCAAUGUGUAUUUUUUUUAUGGAUUUCACUUUAAUAAAAGAAUUAAUAUGAUAUAGAGGUGUUGAUUAAUGAAUUAAGCAAGUCUGGCGGCCUCAAAGUGAGAUACAUUUUUACAAUUUUGCUCCAAUAAUGUCUUCGUGGGAACGAGUCAAGCAAUGGAAUGCUCUAACCAGAGUAUGGCACAUAUUCGAUGCUCGUUGGCAAAAUCCUCUAUUAACGGCACCCCUAAUUUGUAAAUAUCUGAAAGGAACAUAUAAGCCGACAUAUCAUCCAAUGGGCAACUGUGGAGAUCACGUUGUGGUGAUAAAUAGCCGUCAAGUUGCUUUACCCGGAGAGGAAUGGCGUUGGAGGGUAUACUUUCAUGACACCGGCUACGCUAAGGGGAAAACUUAUACCAGAGCUUGGGAGUUGCACGAUAGAGAUCCGACAAUGAUUUUCAAAAAAUCAGUGUAUGCGAAUUUAGGUCAUAAUUUACAAAGACGUUAUACAAUGGAGAGGUUGCAUGUUUUUCCCGACGAAAACGUUCCGACUGAAAUUUUAGAAAAUGUAACAAAUCAAAUCAGACCGAUAAGAAUAAUUCCUCGAACGCUGGAUACUUAUACUGAAGAAGAAAUUAAGUCCUUCCCCAAAGUUUAUAACUAUCCGGAAGAUUAUAUCGUUCGUUAAUUUUUUUUUUGUUGGAGAAGUGUGUAGAUAGGUAUUAAGUUUUGAAUUAAAUUUUAUGAUUCACGUAA